UAAAAAAACAAAACAUGUAGUUUAAGAAUAGUUUUAUUGGCAAGUAUGUAUGACAGAAUUAGCAAGGAAUAUGGUCCAGUGUGUUUAUUUUUCUUGAAAAACGGUAUCCAAGUUUGUUAGAACUCAUUCUUUCAAAGUGCAGUGCUUUUGAAAACAAAUGCUAUAAGAUUUAAAUCCGAGUGGUAGGUUGCAUUCGGUGUUCGGGAACUUUUCAACAUCAAGUCCUGAGCUUUAGUUAAAACAAGAGUCAACUUGGACAAAAAACAAAAAUCCAAAAGAAGCUAAUCUACUAAAUUGUACUUGCAGAAAUAGGCGAAGGGUCGGGGGAGGAUGACGUCCCGGGCGAAGGAAAAAGUGGUCUCGGCUUUCAACCGUAUCUUCAGGGGGGCGGAACGACUGGAAAAGGAGCCCGGGGCCGGGGGCGUCCAGGGUGGCUCCCCCGGGAGGCGGCUUAUAAGACACGCUGGCUACCACGUUACGCCGGCUGAGGAUGGCAAGCCGGGAACCUCCAGGCCGUCCUCCCAAGGAUUUUUCAAAAAGAAACCAUCCAACAAAGGAGCACCAGCAAUUGAUCCCAGUUGCCAAAAAUCCGUCCGUACCAGGAGGUUAAUGAAAGAGCUUCAGGAUAUUGAGAGGAGCCAACAAAAAGAUUCUCCGAUCUUCACUGUCGAGCUGAUAAAUGAUAACCUUUAUGACUGGCAUGUCCGACUCUACGGGAUAGAUGAGGAAUCCGAGCUAGCAGCUGAUAUGAGAGAGUUCGGCAUCAAGUGCAUAUCACUCCAGUUAACAUUUCCGGAGAAUUUCCCAUUUGUCCCACCAUUUAUGAGGGUAGUUACGCCGAGGAUCGAAAAAGGGUUUGUUAUGGAAGGCGGAGCCAUUUGCAUGGAACUCCUUACGCCGAGAGGAUGGGCAAGUGCCUAUACGGUUGAAGCAAUUGUAAUGCAGUUUGCAGCAAGCAUUGUCAAAGGACAGGGAAGAAUUUCUAAAAAAACCAAAAGUAGCAGCAAAGAUUUCAACCGUCAUUCAGCAGAAGAGUCCUUCCGAAGCCUUGUUAAGACUCACGAUAAGUACGGUUGGGUGACACCACCUUUGGCUGAUGGUUAAAUGAGAUACCGUCUUAAUUUGAUAGUAUAAAACAAUAUAUUUUAUCAUGUUAGUCUUCAUAUUGAAUGUUAACUACUACAUCCUUUAUAUUUGUAUGAGUGAACUUCAUUGUAGUCUUAUUUAGUAGCUCAGAAAGCUUUUCCACUUCUAAAAAUCAUAAUUUAUGACUUGACAAUUGAUUUUUUUUUCUCACAGUAUCGCUGCCCAAAAUUUAAUGUUCACCUCAUGAUAACAAACCCUAAAUACUUAGAAAGUCACCACUGUGAAAUUUAUAAGUAGUGGUUGUGGCAUUUUCCCUCAUUAAGAAUAUUACUUUAAAAACUGAGGAUUUAUUAAGUUAAUAGUUUUAAGAAAAAUUUUACUAUUUACUAUUUGAGUGUACAGGUAUUAUUGACAUUCCAGAAAAAAAUGUUACCAAUAAUUAGUAAGAAAAUGUUUCUAGAAAUAGUUGGCAUUUCUAAAACUAAAUUUUUUAAUAUUAUUAUAUUUAUUUCUGUAAUUACCUUUCUCUUCUUUCAUUUUGUGUUUAAGUUAAUGGUGUACGGUUUAAAUGAUUAUUUUUACAAGUCAGUUAAUGGUUUUUCUCUUUUUAAAAACUUUCUCUUCUAUUAUGACAUUUUUAAAAAUAAAUGUGUUCAUAUGACAUUAAAAGUAUUAUAUGAUAAUUAAUUAAUAUUUUUUGGGGGUGAAAGCCACAUUGAGUUUUUUUAGAGUAAGGUAUUAUAAUUAUAAUUGUGCCAAAGUUAUAUUAGGCGUUACUUAAUAGGUGCAUUUUCUCAUCAUAUAUCAAAUUUGAUCCUCUUUGGUUUUUUCAAAACAUUUGACCCUACACAGAACAGCAUUUUCCAAUAACACAGGGUAAACCCGGGAAUAAAUUUUAAAAAAAUGAAGUGAAAAUCGUUUAAAAAACCCAUUUCAUUGCUCAAAAUAUUGACACGCUAUCCUUGUUGUAUUUAAUGUGUAAUUAAAUGUAUUUGUAUUUCAUGGUUAAAUAUUGUUAAAUGUACACAAUUAAAAAAAAUAAUUAAUACAUUUUAAAAAAGUACGGGAAGAUGGCAAAAUAGCUGAUGUGAUAAUUUUAGUAAGUAGUUUAUGUUGUUUUUUCUUUCCUUAUAUUUCAUUUUAUUUUAUUUUUUAUAGUUAAUAAUAGUAUAGGAGUAUAAGAAAAGUCAAACUUGAUCAGGUUUUAAUACUUGAUUUAUUGAAAUAGACUGAUUUGACUAAUAAAAAUUUACAUUUAUUUAUUAAAACAAUAAUUGCUUUUAAGAAUAAUCUAGUUAUUACAAAUAAUUAAUUUUAAUUAAGGAGUUCACAUUUUAUUUGAAAUGCAAACUUACAACACUUGAAAAGUAAACUAUUAUUUUCAGAUAGUUGACUACUGAAAUAAAUUGUUUGCCCUAAUAUAAUUUUAAUAAUUUAAUAAUAAAACAUUAAGAAUAAUAAAACAAAAACAGAAUUACAUUGUUAGUCCUCAUAAAUUCUGCGUCCAAAAGGGUUGUGAGCCAUAAGGGAAAUAAUUUUGUCCUAAGAAAUUUUGUUAUUCAAAAAGACUGUAAAUACUUAAUUUUUUAGUCGUUUAAAGUUAAAAUAAAAGCUGUGUUGCUUAAGUGUUAUGUAGUUUCAGGAUACUUUUAUCUACAGUGUAUUUUUAAAUGUUUUCCUAUAAUUAAAACAAAUUUGAUAAGAGAAAACAAUAUACAAAGAUUUUAUAAAGUUGACAGAUUUUGUAUUCUCUUAUCAAUCGCAUGAAAUUUUACCUACAAAUUGGUGUUUUUAAUAAGUCCCCGUUAUGAUAAACGCAAAGGGAUGAGUUAUAUGUAAAAUAUCUUAUAUGUUGUGCAAUUGUUAUGUCAAAUCAUGUUAGCCCCAAUAGAAAACAAAAUAUAUGCAUGAAAAUUGUUGUUUUA